AUGGCUCUACAGCUGUCUAGACGCGAAGUGGAAGACUUGCGGUCGUCACUCGACCGUGCUAUUUACAGGACAAUUGGUAAAUCCGACAGUUCACUCUUGUCAACAGUUUCGUCUUGUCUAACGAAUGGGUAUGACCGUCGAAAGAUAAUAGACAAGAUCUCAUCUCACAUAGACUCAAAGAAGGCAAGCAAAUUAGCAGACAAAGUGCUGGCGUUAGCACAGGAACUAAUAUCCAGCUCUAAAACACAGAAAAGAAAACACGAGUCCAGUGAUAAAGAUAGAGAUACCAAAAGAUCACGACAUGAAGACAAAGAGCCAAGAGAAGAGAAACGCGAAUCGAGAAGUGAGAGGGACAAGGAGGAGAAAGAAAAGAAACUUGGCAAUGGUAUGGACGUACCAUCAAUAUUACCUGAAGGUGAAACUGUUGGUUCCAAGAUGGCGGGGCUCAGUGCUGACAAAAUUAAGCUAAUGAUGGCCAACGCUCAAAAAGAGAUAGAAGAACGCAAGAGAGCACUAAUAGCGAUGAAGGGUGAGCAGAAGCCCAGUGUGAACGUGGCCGCAGCGGCCGCACAACAACUGAAGGUUCAAAUGCAGCAGAACAAUGCUAUACCUCCCCCGAGUGUUAUCAAACCUGUUCUGUAUUCAAAGCCAUCCGCGGCGCAUUUGACGCACGAGGAGUUGGAGAAGCAGAGGAAGAUCGCGGAGCUUCAAGCCAGGAUACAGAGGAAGUUGGCGGGUGGAGCCCUGGCGGCCGCGGGGGCUGCGGGCUCAGGUCCAGCGCCUCUCAUUCUGGACCGCGAGGGCCGCACCGUGGACACCAGCGGGAAGCAGGUCCAGCUCACACAUGUUGUACCAACACUCAAGGCGAACAUCCGAGCGCUGAGGCGCGAGGAGUUCCGCGCGCAGCUGGCGAGCGGCGCGAGCAGCGUGGGCGCUGGGGCGGGCGCGGGGGGUACGGCGGGGGGCGCCUCGUGGCUGGACGAGCGCGUGGCCAGCAAGCCGCCGCAGCGCGCGCGCCGUCCGCUGCGCUUCCACGAGCCCGGCAAGUUCCGCCAGCUGGCCGAGAGGCUGCGCAUGAAGGCUCAACUGGAGAAACUUCAAAAUGAGAUCAGCCAGAUCGCGCGCAAAACUGGAAUAUCAUCAGCGACCAAACUGGCUCUCCUGGCGUCCGAUACACCCGACAGUGACCGAGUGCCAGAUAUCGAAUGGUGGGACAGCGUGAUCCUGAUGACACCAGAAGAGCGAGAAGAGAAGAGAAAGCGAGGCAAGCCGUCGAGCGACUCGCGGACCGAUAUCCAGCGGGUUGACGAUUGUAAUGUGGGCGCCGACGACAUCGUGGACAACCUCAACGAGGACGCCAUCACCAACUUGGUGGAGCACCCGCAGCAGUUACGUCCACCCACGGAGCCCCUGAAGCCCACGUACAUGCCGGUGUUCCUCACCAAAAAGGAGAUGAAGAAGCUGCGCCGCCAGAGCCGCCGGGAGGCGUGGAAAGAAGAGCAGGAGAAGGUCCGCCUCGGUCUGGAAGCACCGCCUGAACCCAAGCUCAGGAUAUCGAACCUGAUGCGUGCAUUAGGUACGGAAGCUGUGCAGGAUCCCACCGCCAUCGAGGCCAAAGUGCGCGAGCAGAUCGCCAAGCGGCAGAAGACACAUCUCGAAGCCAACAAAGCCAGAGCGCUCACCAAGGAACAGAAGAGGGAGAAGAUCGACAGGAAGAUCAGGGAGGAUACUAGCAUGGCGGUCCAUGUCGCAGUAUAUAGAGUGAAAGACUUGUUCGAGUGCGCGUCGGCCAAGUUCAAGGUGGAGGUGAACGCGCGACAGCUGCACAUGACGGGCUGCGUGGUUCUGCACCGCGGCUGCUGCCUCGUCGUCGUCGAGGGCGGCCCGCGCCAGCACCAAAAGUACAAAAGGUUGAUGCUGCACCGCAUCAAAUGGGAAGAGGACACAGUGAAGGACGCGGAAGGCGCUGAGGUCCCGAACAGUUGCCAACUUGUGUGGGAGGGGGUCGCCAAGCAGAGAGCCUUCGGGGAGAUAAAAUUCAAGGUGAUGCCGACAGAGAAGCAGGCGCGCGAACACUUCCAGAAGCAUGGCGUGGAGCACUACUGGGACCUGGCCUACAGUAGGGCCGUGCUCGGUGCAGGAGACCAGCCCUAA